CUGCCGGAGCCUGGCGCCAGCCCGGAGCCGCCCGGCAGCCCGGGCGCGGGCGAGGCGAUCCGGGACGGCUCGCAGGUGAACGCCAUCACGGUGCUGACGCUGCUGGACAAGCUGGUGCACAUGCUGGACUCCGUGCAGGAGAAGCAGCAGGUGAUGGAGCAGCGACAGAUCGAGCUGGAGAGCUCGGUCAAGGGCAUCCAGGGCGACCUGAGCAAGCUGUGCAAGCACCACACGUCCACCAGCAACGCCGUGAGCAAGCUGCUGGAGAAGUCGCGCAAGGUCAGCGCCCACACGCGCGAGGUGCGCGAGCGCAUGGACCGCCAGUGCGCCCAGGUCAAGCGGCUGGAGAGCAACCACGCGCAGCUGCUGCGCCGCAACCACUUCAAGGUGCUCAUCUUCCAGGAGGAAAAUGAGAUUCCUGCCAGUGUUUUUGCAAAAGAACCUGUUCCCAGCAUCACAGAAGGAAAGGAAGAACCUGUAGAUGAGAACAAGACACUGGAAGAAACCUUGCAUACAGUGGAGCUGUCAUCAGAUGAUGAAAUGCCUCAUGAUGAAAAUGGUCUGGACGACAGUGCAGAUGAAAAGGGAGAAUCCAGAGCUGAGAAAAUAAAAAGAUCAAGCCUCAAGAAAGUGGACAGUCUCAAGAAAGCAUUUUCCCGACAAAACAUUGAGAAAAAGAUGAACAAGAUCGUCUCUGCUGAGAGGAGAGAGAAGAUUAAGAAAUCACUUACUCCACAUCACCAGAAAUCCACUUCAAAGAGUUCCUCUUUCAAGGUGUCCCCCCUCACAUUCAAUGUGAAGAAAGUCCGUGAAGGAGAGACCCCUGCUGAAAAUGAGGAGAAACCAACAGAAACUACAAGCAGUGAUCAAGCUGUGAAUGAUGAGGAGACCUCAUUCACUGAGGCAUACUCAGAGGUGACACCUACCACUUCUGUAACGGAGGAGGACAAAGCAGUAAUCGAUUCCUUUGAGAUGGAACCCAGCGAGGAAGGAAGGAGCAAAAGGAUAAGCAACACCAUUGAGCUCUCAAUUGUUGAAGAUGACGAAGAGUAUGGAACAGCACCAGAAUUUUCUAGCCAGAGACAGUAUGAUGAGAGAAACAAACCAACCAGUGGAGAAACAGAACAGUCUGAUGAAGAAUCAACCCAAGCUGCUGUUCUCCAGAUAGACCAAACAGCAUAAAAAAAUCUGAGCUUUCUUUCAUGUUCCAAAAUACAGUGGUUUUAGUUAAGUGAAUAACCAGUGUAUAUGUCUCCUACACAUAUUCCAUAUGUGGUGAUACUGAUUGUUUUGUAUGUUGUUUCAUAUGCAGUGCUAAUUUCUUGCACAGUGUUGGAAUGCAGAGUGAACAAAAAGUCAGCUAUACAGGCAGCCUGCAAGGUGCUCAGUUACAAUUGCAUCUACUAGACCAAGCGGGUGGGGUUAUUAGUUAAGAAUUCCUGCAGCCAGCUGCAAUUGGAGACUGUCAUGAAGACAACCUGACCAAAAGAGGGAGGCUGGUCAGUUGGCUUUAAGUUAAAUCAGGGAAGCACGUGAAUAGUAGUCAAGAAAUAAUAGGAUUACUUCUCCUUACUGCAGAAUUCUGUAGCUCUGCAAGUAGUUUUAUAUGUAGAAGUUAUCAGUGAGAGCACUUUUAUUUAACUUGCUUUGCCAUAUCUUUUAUAUGUUAACUGAUUAAAUAACUGCUGUAUAUACAUGUAUAUACUACUUUUGGCAGAGCUCCAUUUUACCUUAAGACUAGAAGACCAGAACCUACACAAGGUAAAAGUGCCUAAAGUCAAUGGGAGCUUGGCAAUUGAUUUCAGUGGGGCCAGGAUUUCACCCACAGUCAUUUGUUAUUCACUUAAUAGAAACAACUGUGUUUAUAAGGCAAAGGGAGAGAUGAUUUUGUGUCUACAACAGUUUAUGGAAAUAGGUAGCUGACAAAGAUGAAUGUGUAACUAGCUUCUAUACUUAGAGUCAGAUCUGAGGUAAAGCUUGACAUGUUGGAAAAAGGCACUAGAAGCAAGGGGUAUAAUAGAAAUGUGGCAUUGAUAUGAUGAAAAAGCUAAGGGGCAGAAUGUAAAAGUAAAAAUAUAUAAUUCCAGCAUAAAAAUAUACACACUAGAAUAGCACCGUUUAAUUACUACUUAAUUCCUUAGAGCAGUAUAUUUUUCAAAUUUUGCACCUGCACAACUUUGUAUCCAAGAAUAUUUUUAAAACAGAAUAAUUUAUCUAUAUAAAGAUUUUCAUAUAUAAAGCUAUAUCUAUAGAAAUGAGUUAACAGUUAAAAGGAUGUAAGGAUCAUUUUUAAAAAGAUAAAAAAAACUUAAAAAUUUCUAUCAGGGAUAUUUGAGCAUUACAAUGUGUUUUGAACUACAUGGCAAGGAUGAGCUAUAAAUGCCAAUUUAUACAGGGCUUUAUAAUGACAUGAGAUUUGAUCCUCCACGGAUCUGACAACUUUUACUAAGUCUCCCACACGUUCUCAAAUUAUAGGUUACAAGUUUUCAAAAUGCAUUAAAAAAUGAGAGCUUACAGAGCAGUGUGUUCACUUGCAGUGUUCAUUCCCACUACUUACAAAUGUUACAAAAAGGGGGGAGAGCACAAUACCUACCAAGAGUUGCCUUACAUCCUUCUUCUUUUUCUUUUUUUCUUUGUAUACUGAUAAUUCUGCUGUUACAUAACAUUGCACUAAAAUGUUGUUUGCUUAAAGUUGUAUUUAGAAUCACGAAUUAUUCAGAGUUUUCUAAGAAGCAACUAUAGUGGCUGAAAGGUAAACCUUUGGGGGAUGUUCCCUGCAACCAACAAACAACACUGGAAAUUAGCCUUUCAUCAGAGCAUAUUUUAAGUAGGCACGAUUAGGGUUUAAGGUUUUUAUUACAUGGUAUCAUACAAGAGCAAUCUCUUCAAGAACAAUUAUGACAUAAUACACACAGUUACAUUCUUACUUUGUAUUAACUACAAUGUUGUUCAAUACUUAUAACUAACUAAAGAUGUGAUGCCUUGAAUAAAAAAAAGAAAAAUACUAA